UCCAAACAUCAAUCCUCAACUCAUUCACCACCACCACAACCUGCGAUCGCCCCAUUCUCGCCGCUCGAAAGACCCCUUCAAUUCAUAUCACCUGAUCGACUCCACCCCACCCCCACAAAACCUGUCACCAUGACAGAAUCACCAGGCUCCCCCCUCUCGUCGAUCGCCUCCGACGAAGAUAUGUUCGACCGCGACGAGCUCAAGCAACCGUUCUCGCCGUCCGGCUCCGUGACGAACUCGAACAUGCCACCCUCAAAACGGCGACGCACAGGCGGCGUAGCCUUAUGGGACCGCAACACGCCGGUCUCGACGACGUUCCAAGACGACCUGCCGCCGCCGGCGUCGCCAUCGACCUCCAUCUCCUCGGACACCUCAGGCGAGAUCCCCAAUUCACCGGCCACGUACGCGCUCAUCGGUGGGGGCAUCGACGACGACUACAGCGGACAGGCCAACGACCAGGUGACGGUGUGCCGGUGGGACGGGUGCGACGCCGGCGACUUGGGUAAUAUGGACGGGUUGGUCAAGCACAUCCACGACGAGCACGUCGGCAGUCGCCAGAAGAAGUACUCGUGCGAAUGGGCCGACUGCAGUCGCAAGGGCCAGACGCACGCCAGCGGCUAUGCGUUGCGCGCCCACAUGCGCAGUCACACGCGCGAGAAGCCGUUCUAUUGCGCUCUACCUGAAUGCGAUCGCAGUUUCACCCGCUCCGACGCCCUCGCUAAACACAUGCGCACCGUCCACGAGACCGAAGCCCUGCGUCCCUCCGACCCCGUCCCCAAACACCACACGACCCUCGCCGCCGCGGCCGCGGCCGCAGCAGCCUCUUCCUCCACGGCGGCCACCCCCACCGGUACACCCGCCGGCAAGGUGCAGCGCCUCAAACUCCGACUCACGCAUCCGCCCAAGGGGGAGGAUCUCGGCGAGUACAGCGAGACCGCGAACGAUGAAACCGAGGAGGAUCUGCAGGUGCCGCCUGUGGGGUCGGAGAAGGGGUUCGAUGUGCAUGAGCUGCUGCUCGAGGGCCCGCAGCUUUAUCGAUUGCUGCUGCGGCAGAUCCACUGGGCGCAGAAGGAAGGCGAGCAGUUGAAGGAUGCGUGGGAGAAGAUCCAGGGCAAGCGCAAGGAGGUCUGGCUCGAGAAGGAGGCGAUCUUCGAUGACCUGGUCGAGGCGGAGCUGGGUCUGUUUCGCACGAUAGCCGGGCAGAGUGGCGGACUGUUGGGGCUAGAGUCGGAGCAAAAACCGUUCCAGCUGGAGCAGCAGCAGCAGCAGCAGCAGCAACUGGAGGCGGCGGAGCUUGCCGAGUCGGAGAUCAAGGCUGAUUCUCAGGAUGUUGGGGUACUUUCGUGAGGGAGGGCCAUCGUAUCCGUGACUCGCGUGGCCUUCCUCCCUGCUGGUUUUCAUUUCUUACCCUGCCUUGAACUCUCGAUACCGAGAAUCUUGCCUUCCCCUACUUCCCUCCAACUCCUAAGGUGCUGUGUUCUCAUGGAUCCUAUUGGAAACCAUCAUAACUCACUCGCAUCCCGGCUGUUGUUUUCCUUGAUUUUCUGCCUAAAAAAUAUCCCUGGUCUUUUGUUUUGUUGGUCGUUGAAUGCUGCUGCCACUUUUGUAUUGACGGAAAUGGGGGGGAGUUCGGCGCUAAAUCCUAUCUUCAUGGUUC